CUCAUAUUUCUAUUAUCUCGCAGUUGGAUACUCCUUUAACUACCAAAUUUGUUUAUCGGCCUGUAUUUAGUCGGCCACGGUCUUCUCUUUUUUUCAACUAUUAAAAGUGCACAUCCCCAUCAGUGGCGCAGUGGUGCAUGUUCUUGAAUGCGUGGAUGCUGCAGUGUUAAUCAUAACAUUGAAAAAUCAAUGUAUCGAGCUCUUAGGUACCUUUCCAAAUCUUCCUGGAAUAUCCGCACUUCCACCCUUUCAUCCAGUGCUAUGAACAACCAUUGCCAUAAGUCGGUCUACAGUUCGCAUCGUAGUACCUGCCUCCUUAAAACCAGCGCUUAUGACGACGUUGCUACGCACUCAGACGCGUGCUUGGAACUAAUUGUAUACUUAAUGAUGUAUAACCUAAUGAUGGAUGACUUCAUAAUAUAUGGUCUAAAGCAGAAGUGCCGGGUAGUCCCAGGUCGUAAGGUAGAUUCCUUCCGGGGCAGGAGUUUGAACGAUCGCAACCAAACAGUAAGACGAGGAAUCAUUGAACAAUUCCCAUCUAUACAAUGGUAUAGCACCAAAGCGGCUGGUAUAAAAACUGCCUACUGGCGUUGGAGGUUCGACUACUUGCACCGGCUGGUUGUCCGGAAUCCUCCAGCUCCGCCAGGGUCGAGAUAAUCAAUUUCUAUUUUCAAAGGAACGUUAGACUUACCUGUGUAUCUGAGACAGAUCAGCAAAUAGAUAAACUGUAUGGGAUG